AUGUCCCCAAUUUGUGUGCAAGAGUACAACAAGCAUCGAAGCUGGAUUAAUGAAGAUGAAGCACCUUUGGAUUCGUUAAAAGCACAUCAUGGAAACGAGCAAGGAAUGAUGUCUGUGCACAGACGGUUGAUGCAACACCAUGUGAAGAUGUUGCUAGCGUGUUACUGA